UCUCUCUCUCUACUGUAGUUGCUCUCUCUCUCUUUUUGUAUUAAGGACGAUGGGUGAAGAACAGAAAGUGGAAGAACAAAAGGUAGAAGAACCAAAACCAGAGGAAAAGAAAGAAGAAAAUGCCGAGGAGAAACCUCCAGCUGAAGAGAAAAAAGAAGAAGAACCAAAACCACCAGCUCCCUUUGUGUUGUUUAUCGAUUUGCAUUGUGUUGGAUGUGCCAAAAAGAUUGAGAAAUCCCUCUUGAGAAUUCCAGGAGUUGUAGGGUUGGACAUAGACAUGGGGAAGAACCAAGUGACGAUAAAAGGAGUGGUGGAACCGCAAGCAGUAUGUGAUAAAAUAACCAAGAAAACAAAAAGAACCGCCAAAGUGUUGUCUCCUCUUCCUGCUAACGAAGGUGAUCCCAUUCCUCAAGUCGUUGCCUCUGAAGUCCCUGGAUUAAUUACAGUCGAGUUGAAUGUCAACAUGCAUUGUGAAGCAUGUGCUCUGCAACUCAAACGCAAGAUCCUCCGAAUGAAAGGGGUGAAAACAGUGGAAACAGAAGUGGGUUCAAGUAAAGUGAUGGUCACAGGAAGUAUGGAUGGUGAGAAGCUGGUGGAGUAUGUGUAUAGGCGUACAAAAAAGCAAGCAAAGAUCGUGCCACAACCAGAGCCAGCGGCGGAACCAGCACCGGAAGCAGCUGAGAAGCCCAAAGAAGAAGAGGCUGCAGCAAAACCUGAGGAGAAACCAGCGGAAGAAGCAAAACCAGAAGAGAAACCACCAGAAGAAGAAAAGAAGGAAGGUGGUGGUGCUGAUGGAGAGAAGGAGGAGGGGAAGAAAGAUGGAGGAGAGAAAAUGGAGUUGGUUGACAUGCAAAGGAUGAUGUAUUAUCAUCAGUAUCCGCCGUUGUAUGUGAUGGAAAGAAUCCCACCACCGCAACUCUUCUCAGACGAGAAUCCAAAUGCAUGCUGCAUCUCUUGAAUCUGGUCCGUUUGGUUUGAUUGAGUACGACAAUCAAGAAAUGGAAUAAACGACGUAAUCAAGGUAAUGGAAUCCAUAAUUACAUUUAACUGUUAUGUGUAGUUGACUCGAACAAUAAAAUAAAUCACUACACAUUUGUUUGUUAUAAAUUAGUAAUAAAAAAAAUAUUAAUUUAAAACAAUAAAUUAUAAUUAAAUAAAAAUCUGUUAUUAAUAGAUUGCACAUAAAUAUAUAUUUGUAGUCAAAGAAGAUUUAUAAAAUAUUAAGACAUAGAUAUCAAUAAAUCUUAAAAUAUAAUUAUAAGAAAAUUAAUUUAUUUAUAUUUAAAAAAGAAAAAACAUCAUAAAUGGUCCCUGUGGUUUUCCCAAAUCUGAAGUUUAGUCUCCGUGGUUUAAAAACAUCAUAUAUGGUCUCUGUGCUUUCAAAACUUUUGACGAUUGAUCCUUAUUGGUAAUUCCGUUAAGUUUUGUCCGUUAACUGAAUGACAUUUUUGUCAUUUCACUACCGAUGUUUUCUCGUAUUUUUUUAAAAAGAAAAAAUUAAAUAUAAUCAAAUAUAUAAAAGGUCCCACCUCUCUCUCUCUCUCUCUCUAGACACAUACAUGCACACAAAGAAACUUACAUACUCUGUUCAUCGUCUUCACAUCCUCGCCAAUCAGUCCAACACUAUCAUCGAUUUGCUUUGUUCACAACAUUGUCUGGAAGUUCGACCCAGAUUACUACACACAAACAGAUCAUACACAAACCCAGAUACACAUUGACCUAGCGAGUUCAAAGGUUUAGAAUGGAAGCCAUAUGAAAAUUUGUAUUUACAACACCCAAACAGAUCAUACACAAACCCAGGUUUAGCACCUCUAUUUUCGCUUUCCUCUAUUCCUUGUCUGCACCCGCUUUCAAUUUCAACAAUAAUCACCAUUAAUCUAAUCAAAAACUCAAAAAAACAAAAACCACAAAACCAGAAGAAAAAAAAUCAGGUUCUCAUAUGUGUUCAAAAGAUCAAUCAGAACUACAAUAAUAAAAUAUCCAGGCUUAGUAUCAUUGUACUUGAUCCCAAUUUUCAGAUCGAUCCCUUCUGAUAUUAAUUAAAUCUUUUCAAUAGAUUUAAAGUAGUAUCAAAUCGAUUCAGAUUAAUCCCAACUUUUAGAUCGAUCCCUUCCUCCUCAACCUCCUGAUUCUCUUCUUCUUCCAUUGCAAAAUACAAACGCAUAAUAAACGAAUAUCAGAUCAUAAUUACCAAAAUCUGUUGACAAUCGUGAAUCUUGAAAGAGUAUUGAUACAUGAUGUGGAAUUGGUCGAUCACCUUAGCUCUAAUUUCGACACAUGCUGGAUUUCAGAGAUCUAAAGACAACAAGUAAAGUAAUGGGGGUGGUGUUGAGAGCGUCUUAUGGUCAAGUAGUGAAUUGAGGUUUAUAGUGAAACCCCUUUCGUCUUCUUUAACUGGGUUUACAAAUACAGAUCUUGAAACCCCUUGAACCCAAGAACAAAACCCCUUGAAACACCCUUUCGUCUAAAGACGACGUUGAUGUCAAAAGGUUAUCGACGAUGGAAAGAGAUCGACGAUCUUUCCUUCAAGCGGAGUUAGAAAGAUUUUUAAGGAGAGGGAGAAGACUGGGAUGAGGUUGUGCGUUUUUUAUUUUCAGGAAAUGUAUGUGUGUGUGUUUUUGAGAAAGAGAGAGAGAUAGAGACCUUUUAUAUAUUUAAUUAUAUUUAAUUUUUUCUUUUUUAAAAAAAAUACGAGAAAACAUCAUAAAUGGUCUCUGUGGUAGUGAAAUGACGAAAAUACCCUUCAAUAACGAACAAAACUUAACGGGGUUAGCAAUAAGGACCAAUCGUGAAAAGUUUUGAAAGCACAUGGACCAUCUAUGAUGUUUUUAAACCACGGGGACUAAACUUCAGAUUUGGGGAAACCACAGGGACCAUUUCUGAUGUUUUUUCUUUCAAAAGUAAAAGUAAUUAAUUAAAGUUUUAAAAUGUUUAACAAAGAUUAAUAUUACUGAAUAUUAAAUUAAUAAAAGUAAUUUUAAAUUAUUAUAUGUAUAUAUCAUUCCAUUCAAGAAUACAUAAAAAACAUUCGAUCUAUGAAAUGAAAAUCAACUUAAGAGAAGUAAUUAAUCCCAUGAGGAAUGAUGUGUUUCAUUCUUUGGUGGCAACAAACAUAAUAUUUGUUCAUUCAUUCUUAAUACUUCAUUCUAUUUUCCUCUCCAAUUUUCAAGUACCAAAUAUUAAGGGUGUAUGUGGUGCGGUUUAGAGUCAAAACCACAAACUGCAACAUAUAUACGGUUUGAGAUUAUCGGAAACUACAAACCGAACCACGACGGUUAUAAACCACAAUAUGUGGUGCAGUUUGGUGCAGACAGUUUAUACGGUUUUUUGUAGUUUGAUGACAUCCCUAAUUUUACAUACUCUUGUUUAUUUUGUAAAUCUAUAAAAUCAAAUCCAUAAGUUUCAUUAAAAGAGAAAAUUAAGAG